AUGCAGAUUUUGCGGCGGCAUCCCGCAGGAGAGAUCUUCCUGGCACCUCCGCCCGUGGUCCUUGAUGACGACGAGCCUCAGGAUGAGCCCAUGUGGGACGUGGGGACGUCGCAUUGCAACCCAUACUGCGUGGACUCCUGGCCCUUUGAGCCGAACGUCCUGGCCGCCAAAGCGUCGGCUCAGCCGAAUCUCAACCACUGGGAUGAGGGUGAUGAGGACGACGAGUACGAUGACAUAGAAGAGGACGAUGAGGAUCAGGAGCCACAGUGGCACCAGGAUCCGCGAUGGAACGUCCGGGAGCCUGAGGAUGAAACAGUUCCGGAUGGCCGCGAGUUGCGCAAGGCCCCUCAUGGUAUGGGUUUGCCACCCUUGACCGUUCCUGUGGGAGGCUCUGCCCGGAGCCUCUGA